AUGGAACUGCGAAAAUGCGACAGGAAAGAAAGGGGCGUCUUGGCUCUCAUCGUGAUCAACAAGGCUGGAGGUCUUAUCUAUAACAGGACCUUUGGAGAUGGCCUCAACCAGCUUAAUACAAAUGACUACCUCGUUCUUGCUGGGACCUUUCACGGAGUCCACGCCAUUACAGCACGGCUCAACCCACUCAAGGGAAUAAUGAACUCUCAACAGCAAGUAGCUGUCACUGCGGGUGGCGUACCGAUACCGACCAGGCCAGAGCCACCGUCCGGCCUCGAGGUGCUAGAGUCCGAGAACUUUCGGCUGCAAUGCUUCAACACUUUGACCGGCACUAAGUUCCUGCUGUUUACCGACACAAUGCAGACUAACGUGGAUUUGACCAUUCGUAAAAUCUACGACCUGUACUCCGACUACGUCAUGAAGAAUCCCUUCUACCAACUCGAGAUGCCUAUUCGUUGUGAGACCUUCGAUAGGAAGUUACAUUCUUACAUAAGGGAGAUCAAUAGCUCUAGAUAG